AUGAAGGUGCUGGUGCUGGUGGACCACCUCUUCGCUUCGCGUUUGAGGGCCAACGUCAUCGCGCUGGGAUCCGCCAUCGGCGCCUGCCAGGAGAGGUGGCCGGAGGCCCUUCAGCUGCUGCGGAUGCUCCAAGAACUGCGGAUCCAAGCGAACGCCAUUUGCUACAACUCGGCGAUCAGCGCCCUGGAGAAGGGAGGCGAAUGGCUGCGAGCCUUGCGCUUGCUGCGGGAGAUGCAGGAGACGCGGCUGCAGCUGGACAUCGUUUCCAUCAGUUCCGCCAUCAGUGCCUGCGAGAAGGGCGGGCAAUGGCAGGAGGCGCUGCAGCUGCUGCGGGAGCUGCGGCACAGAGCUGUGAAGGCCAACGUGGUGGCCUGCAGCGCAGCCAUCAGCGCCUGCGAAAAGGGGCAGGAGUGGCAGCGGGCCUUGCAGUUGCUGUUCAGCCUGGGGGACUGGCACGUGCAGCCCAACAUCUUCAGCUUUAGCGCGGCGGUGGUGGCCUGCGAACGCGGCCGCGCCUGGCGAGAGGCGCUGCAGUUGCUGCGGGCCAUGGAUGAGGCGCUCGAUGUGCCGUCGCCUGAGGUGAUGACCUACAACGCGGCCAUCAGCGCCUGCGAGAAGCAGGGACAAUGGCGCCACUCUUUGGCAUUGCUCGGCGUCUUGGAGGAGGCGCGCUUGGCGGACGUGAUCUCCUACAACGCGAGCAUCAGCGCCUGUGAAAAGGCGAAGCGGUGGCAAGAGGCGCUUCAGGUCUUGGUACGCCUCAGGCAGAGCAGGAUGAAGGAGGACAUGAUCAGCUACAGCUCGGCGAUCCUGGCCUGCGACAGCUCAGGGGAGUGGCACCAGGCCUUGGCGCUGCUGGAGGACGUGCAGCAGCGGCGCAUGCAGGUGAAUGUCAUCACUUACAGCUCCGCCAUCAACGCCUGCGAGAAGCGUGGGAAGUGGCAGCAGGCCCUGUCCUUGCUGGGACAACUUCAGGGCUGCUGCAGCGCUUUGCAGUGGGCGAACGCAGCCACCGGCAAGGUGGCGCGAAAAGCUCUACUAGACCAGCUCCGGGCGCAGGAGUCAGCGGUCAGCUCUUCGGCUUCGAGGCUUCGCCCAGUGAGCCGAUCGCUGGCCGUUGGACUGCGGCUGGCAGGAUGUUGGGCGCGCGGCAGCAGCCUGUUGCCCUUGACUCUUUGCCUUGCCCCGGGCUUGCUGGAGCUGCUGUGGCAGGGCCACGGGGAUUCGAGCCACAUGCCGGAAGCUGAAAGCAAUGGCCAUGCGGAGGCAGCUACCAAUGGGUCCAAGGAACAAAAUGGCAACGCCAAGCAUCACAAGGACAAAGACGCUGCGCAGCUGGUGCCACUGGGCGUGGCGGAGCGCGUGGGCAGUUGGCUCGCCUGGUACAGGUCCAUCGCGGGCUACCUCACAGUGGCAGAGUUGGAGAUGCUCCCCUACAUAUGUCUGCUGCUGGUUGAUGGGGCCGCGACCGGCCUCGAGAACCUCGCCCACACGCUGCGGCCCCUGGGCAUCUUAGGCGCCGCGGCCUGGCUGUGCCAUCGCGCCCCGCGGUGGGCGGUGCUCAUUUGGGCGCACGCGGGGCGCAAGCGAGCCAUGGCCCGCGGGGCCGAUGGCUUCGCCUGGGUCUUUUGGCUAGGCUUCCCUGGCUUCGCAGACUCCUGGAGCAGCAGCUUGUGGCACGCCUGGCAGGGCGAGAGUCGCCGCGGCUUCUGGAAGGCAUUGAAUGGCAUCCAAGAGGAGCUCCAGCGCAAGGGCAAGGACUCGGAGGAGUUGGUGCGGUGCCAUCACUGCUGGUUCUGGGUGCCAGAGUCGAGCAGCACGACUUGGCGCCGCAAGAUCUACUGCGAAGACUGCACUGAAGGCUGGGAGCAGUACAAGCAGCGUCGUUGCGAACAGCUGGGCGUUGACACGGUUUCCCCGGCCCCUCGGAUCGAAACGGGCAUGGGGAAAUCGGAGAAUGGCUAG